AGAGUGAUGGCAGCCGCCAUAGAGAAAACAGCCCGAAUGAAAAACAUGCUGCAAUUCCUGAAACUCAUUGGACAACUUAAAAGGGUCCCUCGGACCGGCUGGGUGUACAGGAAGGUGAAGGAGCCUGAGAGCGUGUCAGACCACAUGUACCGCAUGGCCAUGAUGUCUCUGACUAUCACCGACCCCACAGUGGACAAGGACAGGUGUAUCAAGCUGGCUCUGGUACACGACAUGGCGGAGUGCAUUGUGGGAGACAUUGCACCGGCAGACAACAUCAGUAAAGCAGAAAAGCACAGGAGAGAGGAGGAGGCCAUGAAACAUCUAUCAAGUCUCGUGCCGGAGGGACUCAGACAGGAGAUCUACGGCCUGUGGGAGGAAUAUGAGUCUCAGAGCAGUGCCGAGGCCCGGCUGGUCAAACAGUUUGACCUCCUGGAGAUGAUCCUGCAGGCUCACGAGUAUGAGGAGUUGGAGGGGAAACCUGGACGGCUGCAGGAGUUUUUCGACUCCACCGACGGUCGUUUCCACCACCCGGACGUGCUGCAGCUGCUCAGCUCUUUGAAUGAAGAGAGAGGGAAACACCGGAUCAGCGCCGACAAAACAGAGAAUUCUGGGAAAUCGCAGGCAGCCGCCGAACAGCCACAGACGUCGUCACACACUUCGUGAUCCUAACAGAUGUUUAAAAGUCUCCCAACCGGGUGGUGCUAGGCGCUGCAGAAAGUCCAAUUUCCUCUUCUUCCAGAAUUGAACAGGCUGGAGGUGCAGUUCUGUUUGUGUGUGAAGGAUUUAAUAUCGGUUUUAUGUUCUGUGGCAGUCAACUUCCUCAAGGCAAGAAACUCGUACCUUCAUUUCUCCUUUCCGAGCCAUUAAGAGAACCGACGGUGGCUGUGAAAGUCGGUAUAUAUCCUACUGUAAACUCCAAUCCUUUAGAGUGAAAACUCUAAUAUGUAAUUUCCUUUAACGACUACACAUUUAAAAUUCCUCCAAACAGUUACCAUUUUUAAUGUUGAACAUUUUGUUUAUGAUCUUUCCACAUUUUGUUUGUCUUCACCAUUCAUUGCAAAAUGUUGAGUGAACUACAAAUGCAUACAUUUUUUCUUUCAACAGUUUGUUCUCUGGUCCAUUGUACACUGUAGAGCUGCUUCACUAUCAGAUGUGUACCGAAUUACUCUUUGUUCAAGAAUGUGACAGAAUUGUCCUAUUUGGUAAAGAAAAAAAAAACUUGUGUCAUUCUAUUAGUAUAUUGCCUCAGUUUAUAGCAUUUUAUUGAGUUUGUUAAAAACAAUCAUUGAUCUGUUGCUUUUAUUAAAAUAUAUUUUGU